AUGGUCAGAGUAGUUGUACAAUCAAAUCAUGUCAAGACAUUUGCCAAAGGAAUACAAUGUCUAUCAAAGUUAUGCGAUGAGUUUAACGUUGAUACAGAUGUAGACAAGAUCAAAUUCAAAGCAUGCAACGCAUCAAAGUCAGCAUAUAUAGAGAUAACAAUGACGGAAUCAUUCUUUGAGAGUUAUCAAGUAGAUCAGACAGCCAUCAAUGCGCGUGUUAGAUUAAAGUCCAAGCAUUGCAAUCAAGUGUUCCAUUCGUUGGCCAGCAUUGCAAAGGUGGCAUUGUAUAUCAACUACAAUGAGGGCAAGGCCAACUUUCAUCUACUCUGCAACAAGGGCAUUAGAAAGGCAUACAAGCUCAACUAUGAGGAACUGGACAUGCUGAACCCAGUACUGAACGAUGACUAUGACGUACGCAUGACCAUCAAGCCCAAGAUCCUACUCGAUGCUCUCAGUCACUUUACAACCAACAUUGAAGAGAUAUCAUUGGUACUUGGUGAUGAUGUAAUCAUAUUCAAGACUUAUAUUGGUGAAGAUAAUGCAAAGAUUGCACCAGACAAGACAAUGCAGACAGAGAUCAAACUUGAUACAAGUGACUUUGAUGAGUAUCAUACUGAUGGAAGAAAGGAUAACUUUAUCGAUAUGACAUUCUCAAUCAAAGAGUUCAAGACCAUCAUGGCAUUCUGUGAGACACUUGGACAUCCUCUUACAUUCUAUAUCAAACAGAAUGGAAAUGCACUAAAGUUUGAUACCAAACAAGGCAACUCAUUCUUUGUUCAAUUCCUUGUGGCAUGUUAUCAAACACCUGGAUCAGUCAAUCCAUCAUCUACACCAUCAUCAUCUGGAUCAUCAUCAAACAAUCAGAGAAACAACAACACUUCACAGAGUAGUGGAAACAGUCAUAAUAUGCAUUAUAACAAUAAUAGUGGUGGUGCAAGAGGAUCACAAACAAGAUCAGUUGUUGCAUUUGAUGAUUCACGUUAUCAACAGCAACAGCAACAACAACAACAAUAUUAUCAACAUCAACCAGUACAACAUUCACAAGAUGAUAUCAACAACAAUUCACCAAGGGACUUUGACAUGGACAUGGAUUCAUUGGCAAUAAUGCCAGCCAACACACCACCUGCCAGCAACACUGCAGUUACCUCACAACGAUCACGUGCUGGUGAGAAUCCAUUAUCACUUGGUCUUCGUGGACAGAAUCUCAAUGUUGAUGAUGAUGAUGAUGACGAUGAUGAAGAUGAAGAUGAUGAUCCUCAAAGUGUUCUUCCAAGUCAAUAA